GAAACUAUUCAUGUGUAAUUGUAAUACUUAUAGUGUGAAAAAAUAAUAAUUUAAUGAAAAUAACUAUAUAAUAAAAAUGGUUGCAAAAAUGGAGAAGUUUGCUGUAGAAAAAAUAACGGACACUAAAGUUAUAAAUGGUAUGAGGUAUUACCAAGUUGAAUGGUCCCGAAGUUGGGAACCAGAAGAUUUUUUAAUGGAUUGUCCAUCUCUUAUUAAAGACUUUUGGAAAAAUUACAAAGAAAGUGAGGUGAGUGAGAAAUGUCAAGAGAUUAAAGAAGAAGUUUCUCAAAAUGAUUAUGACUCAAUAUUUGAUUCUCAUAUGGCAUACCCUGGAUAUCCAGAAAACUGUAACUCUGGUUUAAUCGAUUCUGAAAAUGCUUUGUUUUCAUCUUUACAAAAUUUUCAUAGUGAUGAAAAUGUGUUUCAGGAUAUUUUAGAAGAGUGGAAAAGUACUAAAAUGGUAGAAUCAUCAACACUAAGUUCAAGUCCUCAUAAACUAAAGCGAAACAGUUCACAAGUUGACAGUGCCAAAGAAAGUGACGAUGAACCAAUUGCAAAGUCAUCACGGCGUUUAAAGCGCAAAGCUUGUGUAAGUGCAAUGGCUGUUAUUUCUUCACAACUAAAAACAGAUAGUGUGGAUGGCAAUGAUUCAGAUACAUCCUGGAAAGAAAGCGAUUCUGAGGAUUCGGGUAGUAAUGAAACUAGAGAUUCACAGGUGCUUUUAGAAGAAAACACUGAUCAAGCUGUAAAUAGUGUAGCAUCUUCGAAAGCAAAUGACAAUCAUAAUUGUGUUAGAAAAUUAAAUUCUGUCAAAGAGGCAUCAUCUGUUGCAUCAUUUCCUUUCAAACUUAAUCCGAGUUCUUCGGUUCAUUGUUCAUCUUCACCAACUGCAGUUACAAAAGUUAUUCAUGAUAAUUGUAGUAAGGCAAAUCUAUCAAAGUAUUCUACUCCUGAGAGUGUUGAUACUCUGCCGAUGAUUAAAGUUGAAGUGCAAUCACCGCUAAAGAUGAUGCAAUCACCAUUAAACUCGUGCAAUUAUUAUAGUUUUGAUCAAAAAGAGAAUGAAAUAAAUCUUUUUAAACCUGAAAAUCAGGUUUUUAACAAGAAAUCGGAUAAACUGUUAAUAGAAAAAUUAUUUGAAAUAUCAGAUUCAACAGUCGAAUUUUCAGAAUUACGUUCUAAAAUGCCAAAUCUUCAACUAAAUCAUUCAACAUCUAAUUUUAAUGACUCAAAUCAGGUUGGCAUACUUGAUCAAGUUACAACUCCAGAAGUUAUCAAAAGCAGCUGCAUUGUUAUAACAGACAGUUUAUCACCAGUAAAAGUAAAUGUUGUUAAAAAAUUAGUUGCUACACAACUAACACCCACCAGUUACUUCACAACCGGCACCGAUAGACCACCAACUACUUCAAUUGAAAUAAGUGAUGAAAAUAGAUGCGAUUAUAAUUCAACUUCUACUACUUUUUCACUUGCUAGUUCAUCAUUUAACACUGUUGUAUUUUCACCUGUUAGUUCUUCAUUGUCGACUGUUCUUUCAAAUAAUCUAACAUCUUCCAUGAGCUCAGAAACAUUUACUCCUGUUAGUUUUAUAACUUCAUCUUCAACUUGUUCCAUUAACCUAAAUACCCCUCCCUUGUCCUCCUUAAGGUUGAAUCCUUCAUCUUCAUCAAACUCAAAUAGUUUAACAUCCUGCUCCUUAAAUUCUUCCGCAUAUUCUAUUGUCAAUUCAUUAUCAACUACUUUACCAAAUAUCUCUCAGUCUUCCUUAAAUUCUAUUCUCUUUGCUCCUGUUAGUUGUUUGUGUCCUAGUGUCUUUCCCAAUACACUCACUUCUUCUUCUUUGAAUUCUGUUUUAUUUCCUCCUGUAAGUUCUUUAUGUUCAACUGUUUUUUCAAAUACUUCUGCUGUAUCAAAUCAACAAAGUUUAAAUUUCAGUCAAGAACAGUUUUCAUGUGAUCCCAGAUUGAAUAGGCAGAAUGAUUUAAGAGUUAACCAACUUAACCAAAGUUUGCAGAGUGAUGUCUCAUGUCUCGAUGUCUCAGCCGCACAUUUUUCCGAUAUGUCUGCUGCACAGUUUUCUGAUAUGUCAGCAGCAUUGAAACUACAACAGGCAAAAUUAUUACAAAUGCAACUGUUACAAACAAUGAAUGAAACAGCAACUAAUAUUCAACUAUUAAAUUCUACUAAUUUAUCAAAUAAUCUUCAAAAUCAAAUAACUGCUCCAAACAUCACACACUUAUUACAAAAUAUUCAAAACAUAAAUCUUUUUAACCAACAAAAUCCUUUUAUGUUUCAAAAUAUACCUCGUGUAAAUAUGAAUCUGCCUCAAAUGUCUUCAAUGCCUCAAACAAGAAAUCCGUUCAAUCAAAAUAAUUUUGAAAAUGCUCGUAAUCAGUUUCUUUUUCAGCGUCAAACGUUCCUUCAAAAUUCACGGCAUAUUGAUCAAAGCCGACUACCGUCAAGUCAAAAUUUUCAACUAAAUGUUAAUAGAUUAGGAACUAAUUCCUAUCCUAAAAUCGUUGAUUUUUUUAGUUCUCAAAACUCUAAUAUAAGUAAAGAUUGUGAACCAUUACGUCCCGUUAACAGUUUACCUUUACAGUUUAAAAAUAAUGCAUCGCAGGGAGUAAAUCAUAACAUAUCGUUGGAUGUUAAUCGUGUCACAUCAUCAGAUACUUGUAAUAACAAUAUAGUUUCCAGUCAUAACAUACCAAUGAGAUCAAAUUCAAGUAAUAGACUUUUCAACCCAAUAAACAAUAAUUUGCUAAAUAAUUUCACGCAAUCUAAAACAGUUGGGAAUAUUGAUUCCUUUAUGGGUCUCAACGUACAAAAUGUUGGGGUUUCCAGCGUACAAAACAGGUAUCCAGUUGAUGUAAAUUUGACAUUGCAAAAUAACAAUUUAUUUAACGAUACGACACGGAACGACUUAACGCGGUUUUCAGAUCGAACAAUUAACUUAGAAACUUUGCUGACAAGAAACUUGCAAGCAUCAAAUCAAAAUGGUAAAAAUACAUUACACUAUAUUGCAGAAUCGGCCGUUAAACGAAGUGUAGCUUCAAACUCACAAUUAGAAACAUUAGUUUCUUCAACUAGUUAUAAAUCUAACAACCAACCAUUGUCAGCAAGUUAUGGACAUCGCGAUAACUUAAAUCAAAUGCCUACUUCUGGAGCGCUGCAUUUAUUGCUUAACAAUGCGUCAUCGCAAAUUAAAACUGCAGUAUCUCAAUCUAAUCAAAAAGAAGUAGAUAAUCACCUAGCAACUUCAUUACCAAAACCUUCGAUCCAAUAUCGCUUUCAUCCUUUUUUAGUUAAGGAUAAAACUAAAGAAGUAAUAACCAUUGAAGAUGACUCAUUUGAAGAUAAUACCAGUAAUAAUAAGGAAAUUGAGUUAGUAAAUUUAAAAAAUGCGAUUAAAGAGCGUUUCUCAACACAGAGCUUGAUGGUUAUAGCAAACGACAUUACGGCUAUAGUUUCUGAGAAACGGAAAAGUUUGCACGAAACAUAUUGUCAAGUGAAGUUAGACCUUGAACAAGUCCAAGCUGAAAGAAAAAAAAAUUGUUCUGCACUCACCUUUAGAGAGGAAAGCUUAAAAAAAAGACUAAUAGAAAUAGUAAGCAAAGCCAAAAAUACAGGUUGCGAAGUAGUGCAAGAAGUUCUAAAAAAAGCUCUCUCCAAAAAGUUUAAUCUAAACGAGAUAGGAAGCAACUAUAGUACCGCUUUUAGCAUUUUACGUGAUUUAAUUGGCAGCUGGGGAUUUCCGAUAACAACUGAGUAUAUAAACAAAAAUCAUUUUGCCGACAAUUAUAUAUUUGAAUAUCCGAAAUAAUUUUAAUGUUUUAAAAUAUAAGAUUUUGAAAUAUUUCAAACGAAAUUUUAUUAAUUUAAAACAAAAUGUUUUUUUACUUGAGCCACGAGCCAUGUCAAGCGUGACCACAUUCACAUUUAGCGUGGCUCUACAUGCAUAAAAAACGAGACCACUGUUCCGUUUUUUGCUUUUGAGAUCUUAUUAAGUUGUGUAAUAUAUUGUAGUUAUAAUCAGAGUAAUAUAAUGUAGUUAUAAUAAUGUACUGAUAUUUUUAUACAUGUUCAAAGAAAAUUAAAA